UUAUCAAUUUUUAAAGACAACUGGCUUUUCCCCCUUCCAGGAAUUGUAUUUUUCUACGAGUGUUGUGACUGAGCGCUCCCGUGUUAUAAAACGACACAAAAGGGAAUGUUUUUGACAUUGUUCAGUUGCUGGUUGUGAGGCAGUAACGCUUCAUCCACCCGAUCGGACAGCUAUUCUUCCUUUCCUGAGGGGGGAUCUGUUUUUCCUUCAUUUGAAGGGGUGGAGAAGGGGGACAUAGGUUAAGUGGAUGUCGCGACUGUGCGAUCUGUCCCGUUUUCAACGGGACCCGUGUUGCUGGUGAGCCGCCGCGGAUCUGUUGUGGGAGUGUCGCACGUACGCGAGGAUAGUUUGCCCUGGAUUUUUCAAUAAUUUGCGAGAUAAGGCUCCUGGACCUCCUCCUCGCCGUCGUUGUCGUCGACGCUGCUCUCCCUUCCUCAUCCUCCCGGUUUUUUCUUCAUCUCUUGCCUCCGUUAUUUUGUCGAACACCGCACGCGGGGUAGAAGCUCGCGCUCACCGCGGGAAGACUGAACGCCGCGCGCGAGGCCCCCUCGGCCCCUCCCCCACUCUCACUCUCUAACCCCCUUCAGAUCAUCUCCUCUUAUUUCUUCUUCUUAAUAUUUUUCCUCAAGAGGAGAAGGAUUGGGGGAUUAUUUCAUUUUUUUACCCGCUUUCUUCCCAUCGGUCACUCGAACCGAGUGAUAUAUAUUUAUUUUUUUAUUUUUCGCGUUUCUGAAGCCCAAACGAGGCCGGGCUGUGUAUAGUAAAGCCGUGGGGAUGACUUUAGAGUCGAUGAUGGCCUGCUGCCUGAGCGAAGAGGCCAAGGAGUCGAAACGAAUCAACGCCGAAAUCGAAAGGCAACUGCGUCGGGACAAACGCGACGCGAGACGGGAGUUGAAGCUGCUCCUGCUAGGCACGGGUGAGAGCGGCAAGAGUACAUUCAUCAAACAGAUGCGUAUCAUCCAUGGCACCGGAUACACAGACGAGGACAAACGCGGAUUCACCAAACUGGUGUACCAGAACAUCUUCACCUCCAUGCAGUCCAUGAUCCGUGCCACUGAGACUCUGAAAAUCGGCUUCAAGUAUGAGCAGAACAAGGCAAAUGCCAUGCUGGUGAAGGAUGUGGACAUUGAGAAAGUGUCGUCAUUCGAACAGCCCUACGUUAAUGCCAUUAAGAUGCUGUGGACAGAUCCAGGCAUUCAAGAAGCCUACGACAGACGCCGAGAGUACCAGCUGUCAGACUCCACCAAAUACUAUCUAUCUGAUCUGGAUCGUAUCGCCGAGCCCUCCUACCUUCCCACCCAGCAGGAUGUUCUGAGGGUUCGAAUCCCGACCACAGGGAUAAUUGAAUACCCAUUCGACCUUCAAAGCAUCAUUUUCAGGAUGGUUGAUGUAGGGGGUCAGAGGUCAGAGCGCAGGAAGUGGAUCCACUGUUUUGAGAAUGUGACGUCCAUCAUGUUCCUGGUGGCUCUGAGCGAGUACGAUCAGGUUCUGGUUGAAUCGGACAAUGAGAAUCGUAUGGAGGAGAGCAAGGCUCUGUUCAGGACGAUAAUCACAUAUCCCUGGUUCCAAAACUCUUCUGUCAUCCUCUUCCUCAACAAGAAGGAUCUGCUGGAGGAGAAGAUCACCUACUCCCACCUGGUCGACUAUUUCCCAGAAUUCGACGGGCCCCAAAGAGAUGCCCAGGCUGCACGAGAGUUCAUCCUGAAGAUGUUUGUGGAUCUGAACCCAGACAGUGACAAGAUCAUCUACUCUCAUUUCACUUGUGCCACUGACACGGAGAACAUCCGCUUUGUGUUCGCAGCGGUGAAAGACACCAUCCUGCAACUAAACCUGAAGGAAUACAACCUGGUGUGAUAUGUGACGAGUCCGACACACGAAUCAGUAUAGAACAGGCACCCACAGAGAGUGCGCACACCUACGUCCACACACCACACACACACAUGCAUCAUGCACACUUUCAGAAACACACGGUUCUUGUGAUUUCUCUUUCCCAGCUUCCAGAGUUUUCUCUUUCUGUCCAGCGGAAUAAUAACGGACAUGUCCUGCUCAUCGUUUGUUUUUUAUUUGUUUGCCAAAGUCUAUCCGCUCAUCCCUGGCAGCUCUCGUCAAAGGCCUCUUUCCCUUUUAUCAAAUUUGACCACCAAAAAAGAAAAGAAAUGGCUCGGAUUUGACAAAGGGCGUUAGACUCCUAUUAGCCACUUCAGCAUUCACAUAUUUCAUGGAGAUGUUGGAUUGACGGAGCUACGAUGAGAAUGACCUGUGAUACGCUGGCCUGAAAAAACUGGAAGUGACGUUCCUUGUCCUGUACUAUCACUUGCUCCAAUCACAUCAUCUGCUCUGAGCGUUUCUCUGGAAUUCCGCCUGGAUGAAUGGAAAAUUUUGUUUUUCACAGCCCUGCAAAAAGACCAAAAGAAUUAAUAAAUCACAACAUAUUUACAUACUUGUACAUGGACACAUGGACCAGUGCUGUGGUGCCGGAAGUUCCGAAACGGAUUCUGGAGGAUUCUAGAAUCCAGAGUUCCAGCGGGUUCCACUGAUGGUGUGGAGAACCUUUCACUCGCAGAGUCUUCAACUCACAUCUAGGAAUGUAAAGCAUCGCAAAUGCAAAAAAAAAAAAAAAUCCCAAAAAAUUAUAAAGAAUGAAAAUAUUGUAAGAAUGCCUAUGUAAGCAAAACGAUACAAAGCACGCAAGGGAGAGAUGAAACUAAUUAAAUCUGUGUAUAUUGCUGAGAUGAUCAUUUUAAAAACUUUUUAACGAAAAGUAACUAUAGCUACUUCUACUGCUACCGAAUUAUAGUAAAUUAUAACGGCAGUCGAAUUAAUGAUGGGUAAGGGACGUUAAGGAUUUUUAAAUGUGUGCAAAACGGGAUUAUACAUUUAUGAUUGGUAUUGUUCUGCAGAUUUCCACAUUUAACGUUGAAAAUGAUUGCAUUGCUUCCUUUCCCCACAGUUGUUAUGUUUUAUCCUUCUUCCGGUUUCGUUUAAUUUCACAAUCUAAAAAGUAGUUUUGGAGUGGGCAGUUAUCUUUUUCCGCUCAUGAACAGAUACUUUAUUAAUUCAAAAUCCAGGCUGCAGACUUGCGGGUAUCGUCGUCAUCUAGCGGCACGGAAGCACACAAUCCAUUUUUUUUUAUUUUUUUUUUUAUAGUCAUAAUCCAACUUUUUCCGAUCGACAAUUUCAAGAAUUUUGCGCGAGUUCAAGGAGGAUUGCGGGAGGACGAGGUUGGGGAUACAGGAAAGCAUUUAUGCGCUGAAGUUAAUUGAUUGUGUAUAUUUAUAUUUGUAAAUACUUAUACACAUUAUUGCUUAUGUACAAAACGUCUGUGGUACACUAUCUUUGGCAAAAAAAAAAAGAAGAAAUCACUUUUAGUAAUUCUGUACGGUUCUUUUGGUUUUCUUAUGAAUUACAAUAUUAUUGAUACUGUGAUUCUUCGUUUUAAUACUAGAUUUUUUUUUUUUUUUUGUCUCUAUCAAUACGUAAAAUGAUAUACACAUAGCUGUACCUGACGGUAAUGUGUGGAGGAUGAACGUAAUGAGCAAUAGUCUAGAGUAGGCUUGGGAAAGCGUUUGGAAACAUCAGAGAUGGAUAAGAAAACAGUCUCCUCUAUGGUGUGAAUGUUAUAUAAGAUAAAAAUUUAAUUAUGAUUUUUAGGCAAAAGAAAAAAAAAUCAAUAAAGAACAUUUUAUUUAUAUAAUUUAUGGACCAGAUCUGAAGUUGUUGAUAAUUUGAAUGCUAUUGUUUCCACUUUUCCUAUUUGAAGCACUCCCAUGUUAUGAGACCGAAAUAGGAGACUCUAGUGUCUGUACUGCUGUAUAAGCCUACAAUGAUAACCCCCCCCCCCCAACGCAAUAUAUUGUACUAUAAAUAUUUUUCCCUAACCACAGUUUUCACAUUCCUACUGAUUUUUUUUUUUUUUUUGUUACAUUUCCAAAUUACGUUCAGGUGAAGUAUUUAAAAACGAACAUAGGAAAUGUACCAUAUGAAAAUAGACAGCUUUUUAUCUGUAAUAGAAGAUCUAUUUGGUCGAUGCUUGCAAGUAGUGACUUUCAAUUCUGAUUUCAAUUUGAUUUCUUUAUAAUUCACAGCUUGUUUCCUUCAUUGUGUAUGUGAUGCACAGAUAGGAACAAAAGUGUUUUACGGUUCUUUUACAGUCUAUUUUAUACAGGUGUUGUUUCAUUCAUUUUCAUCAAGGGCUACGAAAAACACGUCACAUGAAAACCAGAAACGAUUGGUCACAGCUCAGUGUGUGAUUUGGUAGCAGGAGAUCACAACGCAAUCACAAAUGCACCCAUUCCACCAAAUACUCAUGCAUUAUUCAUUAUUUUAUCACUUUUUCUGCCAUGCAUCCGAGUUCAUCAAUUGCCAUCGGACACUCUACUAGAGAAGCAAACUCCCAAACGAUUUCUUGAUGGAUGUAAAACCUGACGUGUUAUUUGUAAACUUAAUUCAGUGUUUCAGUGGGGUCUGGAAAUGCCACACCAUUUUGUAAAUCCUGCAGUGUUUUCUUCAAUGUUCGUAGUGAGUUAGAUUUGAGGAAACUGAUGAUACAAAGCAAACUGAGCACUAAAUCAUCUAAAAUGCAUUUCGCAUCUUACUCUAACGUGUUCAAAUGGACCUCAGUUUACUGCGACUGGUGAGUUUGUCUCUGCUCACUAGGAGAAUGUGUUGCUUUGUUGGAUCUGCAGUUGUCAAGUAGAAGGGGGUGUUAUUUGGCGCAGCUUGAUUUGUUCUCAUUGCACUUUUUUUUUUUCUUGCCACAAGGCAAACGCCUAGAGCAGCAGGCCGAUCAUUUGAGCUCCACAUAUCUAUAAAUGUGCUCAUCCCAGAAGUCUCGUAUUCAGCGUUCCCUCAAGAACCUCUACCUCUGUGAUCCGUGAGACGUUUUUCGGGCAUUUUAGGAUUGGUAGUCACGUGACAAGCACACUUCACCACAGUCAGUGAGGUUUGGAGGCCAAACAUUGUAUAUUUAUUGGAUAUUGCCAACCUUCAUGUAUUUUGUUCACCUUGUACGUUAAACACAAAUCAGCACAUUUCUCAGGCCAGAAAAAAAUCUUCCUUAAAUGUCAGGCGGUAGUGAUACAUUAAAAAUAACAUCUGUUCUGCUGCUGGGAAGAGAAUUGUAUGCCUGUGGCUUUGUUUCAGUGAAUAGACAUAUCAGUCAUGAAGGCUUUGGCUGUUCUGGGUAACAAUUUUGAUAUAAUUUAGUCUAGAAGAUACCAUAUAAUAAUGCAUAAAUGCUUGACCAAAGCAUUGCAAACAUGUCUUGUUGAUACAGUCCUCAGUACUCGAGAGGGCACUAGAGUUCCCUUCAAAUAUCUGUGCCAUUAAACCAGAUGUUAUUAUUCCUGAAAAGGAAAAUUGGCUUGUGGAAGUUGCUUUUGUGGCAGCUAAAUUCACUGUAUUUACUUUCCAGUUAUCCGGCUUGAAAAUGAAUAAUACGCAUUCCUAUCUUUCUCUAGUGUGCAUUAAAUAAGUCUCAGUCCAGGAGCAUAAAGUAAGGUCUCUUGCCUCUCGAGUUCUGUGUCUGCUGUAGUUCUCGUGAUGGUUGUGAUUCAGUUCAGCGACUCUUUGCUUUUGAUUGCUUGUGAAGACUCGCUCGGUAAGAUGCAAUGAACACAUAAGCUUGUCGACAUGGAGUCACAUUUCUACAGAUGACAGAGCGAGACUAUUAUGUUAUUUCCAUGUACGCAUGUUUACUGGUACGGUGAGGUGCAUCUGUGUGGUGGAUGGUCGAAAGGUUGACGUUUUGACCCAGUGAAAGAGUCAUUCAUUUGAUUUCUGCUUUUUAUCCCCUGUUCUUUCAUUGUAAUACAUUAUCUGAGAGCCGUUAUGUCCAGGACCACUAGAUCAUGUACAUUUUACUUGUUUUCUUUCUCAUUCUUUAUCUGCGUCUUUGUACCCUUUUAUUUUGUGAUUAUACCACCAAAUGUAAAUGUUGUAUAAUAUUGUGCGUGCCAAUCCCCUUCUCUGAGACUGACUCAUAACAAGUGCCAAUUGUUGUCCAAAUCACUCGCAGACCGUGAAAUCAGACACGGUCCCCUUUUAAAAAUGAGUACAACACUAAAGAAGAAAGUAAAUUAAUUACUUUGUAUUUAAGUUAGAAGAUAAACUGCUGUUUUUCCUCUUUUGUGUGUGUGUAAGGAAUUGUAAUGAUUAAAGCAUGUGCUCUUUGUCCAGCCGAGAGUUUUGGGCUCAGACAAGCAACAAAAUCUUUGAGACGAGGAAAUACAUUUUACCACAUUCUCGCCAUAUUUUAUUGUUGUUUUUAUUUGUAUUUGUUUCAUUUCAACCACUGUUGCCUGAACCUCAUUCAAACAUGGAAAUGAUUUUCAUAACCGCCUUCUAAAAAAACAAACAAAAAAAUUAUAAAGUAUCUGUUUUAAAUUUAAAUAAAUUUGUUCCUAUACUUGCU